CUUUAAAUUCAGUUGCGCAUUGCACGCCAAAGUGUUCGGUUGUCUUUUAAUUCGAGUCUCGUGUCGUGCUAACUAGUGUAGUUAGUUACUAGCUGUUAGUUACUAGCCAUUUUCGUGUGCUGUGUCUUGGGGCAAUUAACGUUGGUUACAAUUGCAUGUGAACCUAUUGAUUAAUCAGUGCAUAGAACACCAUGUCAAAGGAUACAGAUGUGGAGCAGCAGGCUAGCAAGCCGGAAAGUGGAGUUGUCCAGGUGGAGCCGGCGAUUCCCGAGGAGACACCAACUACUGUGUCCACAACAACCACGGUGAUCGCGGUGACGAAUGGCGAAAAGCCAGUGGAAGUGACGGCGACAACAACACCUGCAACAGCGGAACAAGUGCAACCUGCAACAACCAUUGCUGGCAUUGAAUUGGCAACACCAACUGCAGCAACAACAUCGCCAUCAACAGGCAGUGGCAAGGCCAACAUGGAUCCGGCGCUGAUCAACUUCAAGGUGCUCUAUGUGCUCACCCAGCUGUGUGGACUGACGAUGAUUGUCCUGGUGGGCACUUGGAUUGGUCAGCACUUUGGUGGUCUCGGUGGAACCUCCAAUCCCGGCCUGGAGUUCAACUGGCAUCCGCUGUUCAUGACCAUUGGUUUUAUCUACUUAUAUGGCAAUUCUAUUCUCAUCUAUCGCGGCUUCCGCACCACACGCAAGAAGACUCUGAAGCUCACCCACGCCGGCAUUCAUAUGGCCGCAUUUAUUCUGACGGUGAUUGCUCUGAAGACGGUCUUCGAUUCCCAUAAUUUGGCCAGUCCGCCCAUUCCCAAUAUGUACUCGCUGCACUCUUGGCUGGGUCUCUCGGCGGUUAUCAUAUUCUCGCUGCAAUAUGUCGCCGGUUUUGUGGCCUUUUUGGCCCCGGGUUUGAGGGAAAACUACAGGAUCGCCAUGAUGCCGCUGCAUAUUUACUUUGGACUUUUCGGUUUUGUGCUGGCCAUUGCAAGUGCUUUGAUGGGAAUCACCGAAAAGGCCAUCUUUGCUAUCAAAACACCGGCGUAUUCCACCCUUCCACCAGCUGGUGUCCUGGCCAAUGUGAUUGGAGUUCUGUACGUGGUCUUUGGAGCCCUCGUUGUCUACCUGGCCACUGAUCCCGCUUUCAAGAGAAAGCCCAUUCCGGAGGAUACGGCCCUUCUAAACUCCAGUUCUGCCAACGAAUAAGAACUCUAUCAAUGCCCCAAAUCAGCUGCAAAAGCUUACUUAAGCUCCACAAAAAACUGUGCACAAAACCAAAACGAAACCGAAACCUGAUUUAAAUGGAGGGUGCUAUGUUGUAUUAUAUGUAGCAGUACAUAACUUAACUUGACUUUGUACAAUUCGGAGCUAUCCACAGAUACGUAUACUUGGAUCACCAGUUGUGCUAGGAGAUUGAAAGCGAGUGCUCAAAUCGUAACGUAUUUAACCUCAUGAAGAACAUUUGCUUUGAACCGUACGAAUACAUCUAUCUAUAUGUGUGUUAUAUAUGCUUAAAUAAAUAUAUAUAUUAAUACGA